AUGUCCCCCGAAAAUAGUAAUAACCCUCCAAGCGUGGUACGCCGUAAGAAAAAUCAGAAAAAGAAUUUCAAUCAAAACGGUAAUUUUUUUGAGUUGAACUCAGUUUCUCAUUGUAACUAUUUACCAGUGCCUUCCCACGCAUGCAACUUGAAUUUACCAAAUGUGUCGAAUUAUUCAGUCACAAACGGUAUGAACAUUCAGCAGCUGAUGUCUUUGUCCAAUCAUUCUUUAAGUUGUGGAAAUUUUUUACCUAAUAUGAGUACCCCAAAAACACUUCAUGGCUCAGAAUUUAAUGAAGAUAUUGAAUAUUCAAGUUUACCAGCUGCUCACAUGCAACCAGACGAAGUUGCAAUGAAGAGACGCUUCUCAGAUCCUGGUUUGCCCAAUGAUAGUGAUUCAAGUACAAAUUCUGUAGAAGACAGUGUAAUACACAAAUUAAAAUCUCAAAUGAACUCUUUAAAAGACAGUAAUCGCCGGUUAUCUAGAGAAGUUAUGGAGCUAAAAGUAGAAAUUAAUUUAUUGAAGCAACAAAAUAGUUUUAAGCCUUAUGAUAGAGAUUAUGAGCCUGGUGUAUUAGCAGAUAUAAUAAGGGAGGUUAGGGAUGCAGCUAGGGUACGAGAAGAUGCUUUUUUAGCUAGAGUUAAGCAUAUGUUAGAAGAACAGCAACAACAAUUAGGUUUGAAUCACAUGCAUUUUCUAUCAGAAAAACAUAAGAACAAUGAAAGAAUAUCAAAACUGGAAGAACAAUUGAUGAACAUUAAUUUAUCAGGUCAUAGGCAAGAAGAAAGUGUAUCCUCAAAUGGUAGUAGUUCUAAUACCGCCCGGCAAGUAAUUGAAUUAGAAAGGGAAGCCCUAGAAUUACGACGUGAACUUCAAGAUACUCGAGCCAAGAAGGAGGCAUCAGAUCAAAAAGUAUUACAGUUAGAUAAGAAGCUUUCCAAUUUAAUGCGCAGUAGCGACAUGAACUCAGAUAUUUCCGACGAAGCUAAAACGGCCUCCAUAGAAAGUCUCAGCACGAGCAUAAUUACCAACGCGUCGUCCGUAUCUCAUAGUAAUUCCAGAAUCACUUUGACUGGACCUGUAACUGAUUUAUAA